AUGUUAAAUGUUAAUAUUGAUUUCUAUUAUUGUGAUCCUCAACCAGAAGACGUGGACAUAAAUAAGGUAGACUUUCCAUUAGUGGAAUCAAUAAUGAUAGAUCCAGAAUUUGAAACAGUAAAUAUUUUAUUAACACAGAGUCCAUGUGGAAAACUUCACGCUGACAGAAUAACAGACGUUGAAGCACUCACCGGCUAUAAAGUUUGUCCAUAUUGUAAAGAAGAAGUUUAUUCUAUCCGUGAUGAUCCAGAAAGGAAAAACCAAAGAAGAUUUUUAAAGCAUUGUGAGAAAUGUAAAGAAAAUAAUGGAAGAUUAAUUCAAGACGUUCAGUUGCAAAAGACACAGCAACCAUAUGCACCACAUAUUACGAAACAGAAGAUAUAUCAGUGGUUAUUAGCUCAUAAUUUGCAGGAAUAUUAUCAACCGACAAGAUAUUAUAUUACUUUUGACUUCGAAACAUUAGAGACUAAAGAAGAAUUACAACUUUCUGAGUGUGCAACUUUGAACGCUUACUUAAAACCAUUCAUGGUAUCAUCAACGGUUAAAUUAAAUGAUAAAACAUAUACGAGGAAUUUUUGCUUAACUUCGAGUGAUUCUUUUAUUUCUGAUUGGAUUGAGUUUUUAUUUUCAACCUGUUCAUUAGUUGCUAAAUCAAAUAUUGAACAAUAUGAAGAAUUAAUGAAGUCUCAUACAUUAAAUGAAAAACAGAAGGAAGCAUUUAAAGAACUUCUAGAUGAGGAAUUCAAUAAAGUGAAUAUCAUAGGUUUUAAUUCGGGAAAGUUUGAUUUAAAUUUAAUUCUUCGUGAUUUAAACACUGCAAAAUGGAAAAUAAAAUCAAUGCUGGGUUCAUCUUCACAAUUUAAGCAAAUCAUUGUAAAGAAAACAAACGUUCCAUAUGAAUUGAGAUUUAUUGACAUCAGAAAUUAUAUAGCGGGUGGGACAUUAGACCAAUUCACUCAAGAUUUCGGAAACAAUAAAUCACGUGUUAAAUCCUUUUUCCCUUAUCAAUUCAUCACAUGGGAGAAUUACGAAGAAG